AUGGCAAUUGCAAGAACAGGGGUUUUUGUUGAUGAUUAUUUAGAAUAUGCAAAUACUUUACCCGCUGAGCUUCAGAGACUUCUCAACACCAUCCGGGAGCUGGAUGAGCGUUCCCAAGCAAUGAUAAACCAGGCCAGUCAGCAAACUAAGCUGUGUUUAGGGAUAGCUUCUCGUAGGAAUGCCCAUAGUAAUUACAUUGACGAUGGUAAUGAUGAGAAUUUCGAGAAGAUGAGGAAGGAGAUUGAGGCUAGUCAAGAAAACGCGUUAAACCUUUGCACUGAAAAGGUCUUAUUGGCACGACAAGCGCACGAUUUGAUAGAUAGCCAUAUAAAGCGUCUCGAUGAGGAUCUGAACAACUUUGCAGAAGAUCUCAAGCAAGAAGGAAAAUUACCUCCUGACGAGCCAGCUGUCCUCCCCGCAUUGCCGUUGAUAGCCAAAAAUGAAAAACGCAAACACUUUUUUGGUACUCCUCAACCUAAGAAGGUUGAGUACAGGGAUAAGGAUUGGGACCGAGAGCGUGAUAGAGACUUUGAACUUAUGCCACCUCCUGGCAGCCUUAAGAAAGAAUUUGUUGCACCUGCUGAUAUUGAUCAACCCAUUGAUCCAAAUGAACCUACUUAUUGUGUCUGCAAUCAGGUAUCAUUUGGCGAUAUGAUUGCUUGUGACAAUGAAAAUUGUCAAGGUGGUGAAUGGUUUCAUUACACUUGCGUUGGAUUAACACCAGAGACAAGAUUCAGAGGAAAGUGGUAUUGUCCAACGUGUAGGCAACUACCACAUUGA